ACCGUCGGAGUACAGUGUUGCUCCGUUUCCCGUCAAUACAUCCCCAAGUACCUAACGACCCUACAUACACCACCUCUGUGUACUCCUUCAGUCCAAGUCAUGAAGCCCCAUAUUCUCCAACUCAUCUUUGCCUCCUGUACCGCCGCUAUAUGGCCUGCCCCUGUUGUAUAUGACCACGGGAACCAUGUAGUCUGGGUAUCAAACAGAGUCGCCUUCAAUUGGGUUGGUGCAACUACAAUCCCCUAUCCUCAGCCAUCCCUAUACAACUGGAAGCCUAUACAUCCUUACCAACAUUAUUUUGGGUGGGAGUUUUAUCCACGAAAUGAAGCGCCAACCGGAAGAGACAUGAUCGAAUACGCCAUCCAGUCUACAAAAACCACUCUCUUCUCUAGAAACUUUGUUCCGUGGAAGUUCCACCCACGCAACUGGACCGAGCCAAUAUCUGGAGCCUGUGUUUCCGAGGUCAACAUCCAACUACUGGGUGAAGACCCAGAGGACAUCGCUAAACCGUUGGCUGGUCAAAUCGACGAGUCCUACCGACUCACCCUCACCAAGAAUGGCGAAGACAGUAAAGUCCAGAUAUCGGCAAAUUCCAGUCUUGGCAUCUUGCGUGGCCUGACAAGCUUUACUCAACUUUUCUUCGCAAGCGAGAAACAUGAUGGAUGGGUAUAUACUACUUCGGCCCCUGUCGAAAUCUAUGAUGCGCCUACAUUUGAACACCGAGGUGUGAAUCUCGACGUCUCUCGUCAUUAUUUCGAACCGUCAGACAUCAAACGUACAAUCGAUGCACUGGCGUAUAACAAGCUGAACCGGUUUCAUCUGCACAUUACUGAUAGUCAAUCGUGGCCUCUCGUGAUUCCCGCACUUCCCAGUCUUUCAAUCAACGGUGCAUACCGCCCUAACCAGGUAUAUUCACCCGAGGUUUUCAAGGACCUACAGUACUACGCAUCUCUUCACGGCGUUGAACUCAUAACCGAAAUCGACAUGCCCGGACAUACCUCCUCCAUCGCCCACAGCCAUCCAGAUUUGAUAGCAGCAUUCGAUAGACAACCCGACUGGGACACAUACGCCGCGGAGCCCCCCUCAGGCACUCUCAAACUUAACUCCACAGCGGUUGAUGAAUUCUUGCAAACCCUCCUCGACGACCUUUUACCCCGCGUUUUCCCUUACUCAUCAUACUUCCACACUGGAGGUGACGAAGUCAACAAGAAUGCUUACAGACUGGACGAUACUGUCCAAUCGUCCGAUCCGGCGGUGCUGCAGCCCCUGAUGCAAAAGUUCAUCGAUCGAAAUCACAAUCAAGUCCGCAAAGCUGGCCUCACACCCAUCGUAUGGGAAGAAAUGCUGUUGGACUGGAAUUUGACGCUUGGGAAAGACGUUAUCGUGCAGAGCUGGCAGAGCGACGAGGCAGUGGCUCGAAUCACGGCAAAAGGCCAUAAAGCUCUUUUCGGCAACUACAAAUACUGGUACCUUGACUGCGGAAAAGGCCAGUGGCUUAACUUCGAUCCCUCUGUCAGCGCCACCCACUACCCAUACCAAGACUACUGCGCGCCCUUUCACAACUGGCGUCUCAUAUACUCGUAUGACCCACUCGCCUUGGUGCCUCGCGAGAACCAUCACUUGGUAGUGGGAGGUGAAGCCCACCUCUGGGCCGAGCAAACCGACGCAACCAACGUCGACCGCAUGUUGUGGCCCCGUGCAGCAGCGGCGGCAGAAAUCUUAUGGAGCGGUGCCAAGGACGCGCAGGGGAGGAAUCGCAGCCAAAUCGAAGCUGCCCCACGGCUGAGCGAGAUGAGAGAGCGGCUUGUGGCUAGAGGUGUCGGCGCGGAGCCCAUACAGAUGCCCUAUUGCACUAUGGAGGGUAUGGGGUGCCAAUUGGGGUACACGCCAUGA